AUGUCAAGUAAAGAUUUGCUUAAAGAAAUUGCUUUUGGACAAAAUUUUGAAUAUGAUUCUUUUGAGAACAAGACAGAAAUCGGUAAAGGAAGGUUUGGAGUUAUGUAUAAAGCUUAUUUAAAAGAUAUAAAACAAACUGUGGCUUUGAAGACUUUAUAUUAUUAUGACGAAAAUUCAAUAGGCGAUCUUAUUAAAAAAUUGCAACCAGUUUAUAAAAAUUUAUUUAAAAGAUUUGAAUAUGCUUCUCUUGAGAACAAGACAGAAAUCGGUAAAGGAGAGUUUGAAAUUAUAUAUAAAGCUUAUUUAAAAGAUAUAAAACAAACUGUGGCUUUGGAGACUUUAGAUUAUGAUGAUGAUGAUUUAUUAGACAAUUUUAUUAGAGAUGUAUCUUUGAAAGGUGAUCGAGAAACUCCAAUUGAAGGAACUCCUGUUGAUUUCAAAAAUCUUUAUUGCGCUGCUUGGAAUAGUAAACCAGAUAGUUGUCCUGACAUCAAAGAAAUUUGCAAAAAGUUAGACCAUAUUCAGUUAGAACUAUUUUGUAAAGAUUUGUUUAAAAAAUUGACUUUUAGACAAAAAUUCGAAUAUACUUCAUUUGAGGACAAGAAAAAAAUCGGUAAAGGAGGAUUUGGAGUUAUAUAUAAAGCUUAUUUAAAAGAUAUAAAUCAAACUGUGGCUCUGAAGACUUUAGAUCAUGAUGAUGAAAAUUCAUUAAAUGAUUUUAUUAAAGAAGUUAAGUGCAUUACUAAAGUUGAACACGAUAAUGUAAUACGAUUCAUUGGAAUUACUCAAGGCAUGUUAAUUUUAUAA